AGCGCCGCCCCCUCGAGAACCAGGAGGUGGAGAUCGCCCGGGUCUAGCCAAAUUUAACUCCCAUUUUCUCCUCCCCUUGUUCUUAUAUUCCCGACACCCCCUCCUCCUUCCUCUUUCCCUCCUCCCUAGAGAGGGGGAGGAGGAGAAAAGGGGAGACCAGGUCACCAUGACUGAGCUGCAGGCAAAGGAUCCUCCGGCUCCCCACGUGGCUGGCGGCGCGCCCUCCGCAAUCCAGGUCGCAUCCCCUCUGCUGGGUCGCUCGGACGCUGGCCCCUUCCAGGAGAGUCAAACCUCGGACGACCCGCCAGUAGUCUCGACCAUACCUAUCUCUUUGGACGGGCUGCUCUUCCCUCGGCUCUGCCAGGGACAGGACCCUCCGGACGCGAAGACGUCAGGCCAGCCGUCGCUAUCGGACGCGGAGGAAGACUAUCCUAGAGUUGAACCCGCCCGGGGUGCUGGAGACGGCAGCUCUAGGCUCCCGGAAAAGGACAGUGGGCUGUUAGACAGUGUCUUGGACACACUGCUGGCGACCCCUGGUCCUGGGCACAGCCACGCCAGCCCUUCAUCCUGCGAGGCAACCAGCCCUUGGUGUCUGUUUGGCACUGAGCUUCCCGAAGACCCCCGGGUUGCCCCAGCCAUCCAGGGGGCGUUGCCGCCGCUCAUGAGUCGACCCGGGGGCAAGGUUGGUGACAUCUCGGGGACGGUGGCAGAUCCCAAGGUGAUGCACAGGGACUCGUCGCCGUCCCGGCAGCUGCUGCCCCCGACCCCUGGGGGUCCUCAAUGGCCCGGGGCCCCAGCGAAGCCGUCUCCGCAGCCUCGUACGGUGGAGGUCGAGGAGGAGGAUGGCUCCGAGCCCGAGGGCUCGGCCAGCCCUAUUCUGAAGGGCAAACCUCGGACUCUGGGAAGCACAACCGGCGGCGAAGGAGCCUCGGCCACUGCUCCUGAGGCGGCCGCCGGGGGCGUCGUUCUCAUCCCCAAGGAAGAUUCACGCUUCUUGGCGCCUAGGGUCGCCCUGGCGGAGCAAGAGGGGUCGGCGGCUCCCGUGCGCUCCCCACUGGCUACCACCCUGAUGGAUUUCAUCCACGUGCCCAUCCUGCCGCUCAACACGGCCUUCUUGGCAGCCCGCACCAGGCAGUUGCUGGAAGGGGAGAGCUACGACGGCGGGGCUGCGGCCUCCAGUGCCUUCGCUCCACCCCGGGGCUCGCCCUCAGCCCUAUCCACGCCGGGCGCCGGCGGCGACUUCCCCGACUGCGCGUACCCGCCUGACGUCGAGCCCAAGGACGACACUUUCCCGCUCUACUGCGACUUUCAGCAUCCCGCGCUAAAGAUCAAGGAGGAGGAGGAAGGAGCCGACGCCGCCACGCGCCUCCCGCGUCCCUACCUGGUGGCCGGUGCCAACGCCGCUACCUUUCCGGAUUUCCCGCUGGCGCCACCGCCACCUCCUCUGCAGCCGCUGCGAGCGCCGUCGUCCAGACCCGGGGAAACGGCAGUGGCGGCUGCAGCAGCAAGUGCCUCCAUCUCCUCAGUGUCCUCGUCCGGGUCGACCCUGGAGUGCAUUCUAUACAAAGCGGAGGGCGCGCCGACCCAGCAGGGUCCGUUCACUACGCCGCCCUGCAAGGCGCCUGGCGCAGGCGCCUGUCUGCACCCGCGGGACGGGCUGCCCUCCACCUCGGCCGCAGCCGCCGCUGCAGCCGCCGGGGCAGCCCCCGCACUGUAUCCAUCUCUAGGGCUGAACGGACUUCCGCAGCUCGGCUACCAGGCUGCGGUGCUCAAAGAGAGCCUGCCGCAGGUCUACCCACCGUAUCUCAACUACCUGAGGCCGGAUUCAGAAGCCAGCCAGAGUCCACAGUACAACUUCGAGACAUUACCUCAGAAAAUUUGUUUAAUCUGUGGGGAUGAAGCCUCAGGCUGUCAUUAUGGUGUCCUUACCUGUGGGAGCUGUAAGGUCUUCUUUAAAAGGGCAAUGGAAGGGCAACAUAACUAUUUAUGUGCUGGAAGAAAUGACUGCAUUGUUGAUAAAAUCCGUAGGAAAAACUGCCCAGCAUGUCGCCUUAGAAAAUGCUGUCAGGCUGGCAUGGUCCUUGGAGGUCGAAAGUUCAAAAAGUUCAAUAAAGUCAGAGUUAUGAGAGCACUAGAUGCUGUUGCCCUCCCACAACCAGUGGGCAUUUCAAAUGAAAGCCAAGCUCUAAGCCAGAGAAUCACUUUUUCACCAAGUCAAGAAAUACAGUUGAUCCCCCCAUUGAUCAACCUGUUACUGAACAUUGAACCAGAUGUGAUCUAUGCAGGACAUGACAACUCAAAACCUGAUACCUCCAGUUCUUUGCUGACAAGUCUUAAUCAACUAGGAGAGAGGCAACUUCUUUCAGUAGUCAAGUGGUCUAAAUCACUGCCAGGUUUUCGAAACUUACAUAUCGAUGACCAGAUAACGCUCAUCCAAUAUUCUUGGAUGAGUUUAAUGGUCUUUGGCCUAGGAUGGAGAUCCUAUAAACAUGUCAGUGGGCAGAUGCUAUAUUUUGCACCUGAUUUGGUACUAAAUGAACAGAGGAUGAAAGAAUCAUCAUUCUAUUCAUUAUGCCUUACCAUGUGGCAGAUCCCACAGGAGUUUGUCAAGCUUCAAGUUAGCCAAGAAGAGUUCCUCUGUAUGAAAGUAUUGCUACUUCUUAACACAAUUCCUUUGGAAGGACUAAGAAGUCAAAACCAGUUUGAAGAGAUGAGAUCAAGCUACAUUAGAGAACUCAUUAAGGCAAUUGGUUUGAGACAAAAAGGAGUUGUCUCGAGCUCACAGCGUUUCUAUCAGCUUACAAAACUUCUUGAUAACUUGCAUGACCUUGUCAAACAACUUCAUCUGUACUGUUUGAAUACAUUUAUUCAGUCCCGGGCACUGAGUGUUGAAUUUCCAGAAAUGAUGUCUGAAGUUAUUGCUGCACAAUUACCCAAGAUUUUGGCAGGGAUGGUGAAACCUCUUCUCUUUCAUAAAAAGUGAAUGUCAUUUAAAAAAUAUCUAAAUUUUGUGGAAUGUCUUUAUGUUUUUGUUUUUGUCAGGACUAUUAAGUUUCUCAGUUUUUACAAUAUUCUGCUCAAAGCCUUACAUUUAUAACAUAUCAUAUUAUGUAAAUUUAAGAGAAAAAUUGUGAAAUUCUAAUUUUCCUUUAAAGUCUAUUAGUAUUUUAAAAGUGUUUUUGUGUACCUAUAUUUUCUUUAAGAGUUUACCAGAUUGAAAAAAUACUAAAGUUAAUUGAUAAGCUAAACUUAAUCUUAUCCAUUUUAUUCCAUAUCACUUAGGUGAGGGCUUUUAAAUUUUGCACCUUAAAAAAUCUACUUUAGAGAAAAAACUUCUUACCCAUAAUAAAAAAAAGCUUAUUAUAUAUGUUACUUCUAGGAAGUUCCCUUUGUUUCCUUGAUUAUAUUUCUAAAAAGGGACCUUUAAAAU